UUCUCUCUUUGUUUCAGUUGAGCGAAGAGCUGGGAUAUGUGCUGUAUUCAGCACUAGGCUCAUUCUACAUCCCAUCAUGCAUCAUGGUGUUUGUGUAUAUCCGAAUCUACUACGCGGCGAAAGCGAGAGCAAGAAGAGGAAUUCGAAAACCGCCUCGGCGUCCAGCCCAAGAGCAAGUCACUAGUUUUGUAGCGUCAAAAAACGGUGCGAGUGUAGCCUCACUCGCGGGAACUCCUAGGGCGUCGAUCAACUCACCAAUGGGUGACUCGACGGACAAACAGAUAGCCACCAUAGAGUCACAUCCGCGACCGAUGCCUAUCCCCACAGUCACCUGUGACCUAGCGUCGGACAUCUCCACUAGCGACAUAGGUGCACCCGACCCCAAUAUGGGACUAGAUGUACACGAAUCCAAGGAUACCCUUAAGGUAUUCAGCACAGGGCUUCCUCCAGCAACUUCAGCUGUGCGGAACCCUUUGAUUGGAUGUCAGUUCCGGGGCUCCCAACUGAGCGUAAAUGGCGAGUUGCAGCAGCAAGUUGCCGCGUUGACCCGAUGCCGGCAGCCUUCCGUAGGCAUCGACACUGACAUGGUGAGCGAGUUCGACCCCAGUAGCAGCGACUCAGGGGUGGUGGCUCAGUGCACCGCCGUGCAACCGCUUAAGCUUAGGUUGAAGCCGAUCUUCGGACGGGGGAAGCAACCUAAAAGGAAUCGCAAUGACGAGGCCAAAAAGCUAGCAAAGUCACCUAGUGAGAGAGCUAUAUCAACUGCUUCCGAAGGCGGUGGUGUAUCUACUCCUACUACUGUGGUGCCACGCGUGCAAAAACCAAAGGACCCAGAAAGGGAGCGGAGACGUAUAGCUCGGAAAAAGGAGAAACGUGCAACACUCAUCUUGGGUCUUAUCAUGGGAUCAUUCAUCGCUUGUUGGCUGCCUUUCUUCUGUAUGUACGUGCUCAGGCUGGCCUACGACAUACCCCCUAUUGCCUUCUCAACAGCUUUCUGGCUAGGGUAUAUGAAUUCAGCUCUUAACCCGGUAAUCUACACAAUCUUCAACAAGGACUUCCGAAGGGCUUUCCGCAGGAUACUGUUCAAGUGAUGUUUAGCCUACGUGUGCUGCUACGAAUGCGUCACACGUCGAAUCAGAACCGCACAAUUCCGAGGCGCUCCAAGUCAGUUGUACCGUCAUUAAUACCAACAGCGUUGCUACAGUGGCCAACAUUGUGCAACGUCGGUACUUACAGGACUACCACUACGCCAGACAAUCUCAUGUUAUGUACAUUUUAUUCGACAGUUUGUCUUGGAUUAUAAGAGAGGUAUUAUAUAUUUAUUAGGUGCCAUGUAACUGCUAAGCAGUACCAUCAAGUGCAGCUUCAAAGUGGUUACCACGUUAUUUAUCGGAACCAUUGAGGUCUCGGUAGAACGAUGUUACCUUUGAUCAGGAACGUAGCAGUAGUAGUCAUGUAUUUGUCACAUUAAGUGUUGUAAAUGGACGCUGAUGUUGGGCGUUACGGUACCAUCAUUACCUAAAGGAGUCCAAAGUCGGCCAUAGAGUCAUAUAAUAUUUAUAACUCAACAGCCUUUUUAAUACCGGUGUAUAAAUUCCUGAUUUAUUUGCAGCCAAAACGAUAUGUCAAUGUUCAAAAACUGUCUUGUGUAAGUGACGCUAUCUUUUUUGUGGCGUAUGAAGAGGUGUAUAGAGCGUUAACGUUAGGCAUAUGAAUUCUAAUUGUUUUCUAAAGUGUUAAGUGAAUAACGUGUUUUAUUUCUCCUCAAAAUUGAAUCUUAUGAAUUUUAAGGAAAUAGAUUACACAUAUGAUACACAUACAAGGUAAAGUAGAGGGGAAGAGUGUUGCGCGUGAGAUACAAUUUCCAAAUUAUUCAAGUUCUGAUUGUCUGUGGCUGUUACCGAUUAUUGGGUUAUAUCGUAUGAUCUUAUUAGAUUCGGUAUUAUGAAAUUUCAACGAUUGCGUCAUUUGACGCAGCACAAUUUGUUUUAGGUAUUACAUUAACCAAUUAUUUCUCUGAACCGAAAAAUUUAUUUAUAAUAGAUAUACUAUAUACGAGUAUAUGAGGGUUGCUCAGCAUAUCAUCUUGUCUCACACCGUGGAAGAGGUCAAGCCUUAUAAUUUGCUGGUUUUAAUAUUUCGACGCGUCAGAGAAGGAUAUCUAGCUGUGAUAGAGUCAUCUUUCGUGAGGUGUGUGAUACUUUUAUCUCGGCCAAUUCAACCUUCCUUCUCCCUGCGUACUCGUUUCUGGCAGUAUUUGACACACUUGAACAGAUGAACAUUGGCGACGGCUAAAAUAAUUGCAUCUCUCACAGCCUGCGUCCUCUAGUAGCUGCUCCUGUUUACCACAAUAUGAUUUGUUCCCCGUGUUAAAGUUGAAAUUGAUUUUUUUUCCAAACCAAACUGUGCACCUUUGCAUGACGGAUUCCACUCUAGCUUGAGAAUCAACGUAGGUAUCAUGCCGGUCAAUCGGAAUUUAGCUUCGUGUCAGGUGAGAAAAAAAAUAGACGAGAAAGAUGUAGUGGGACCUUAACACACACCACCUUUUAGUGAGUAUGUUCAUGAAAUGUUGAAUGCGUUAAAGGGACACGUGGUAUGCACAUUCACUAUAUUUGCGAACCUAACAUUUAGCUAAGAUUCCGUUUUUUAGACUUAACCCCUCCCAGAUUCAUCUUUUUGUUACAAAACUGCUUUCUAUACCGGGUGUUUCCAGCUCAACCCUGACCAUUGGGAUGUCGUAAAAUUCAAAGUACUUCUAAAUUUGCCCUGGCUUUAUUUGUUGUGGUAUUUCUUUUUCUCCCCUAUAAGGUGAUAUAAUUACAAUUCCAAUAUGAGGUUUAAUCUCGUGACCUCCAGCUUCAACUUUAUUUUUUCUAAUGGACGCCAUAUUUGUUCUUUGC